UACUAAUACUACUACUACUAUUGCUACUACUACUGCUAAUACUACUAUUACUACUACUACUAAUACUAAUAAUAAUUCUACUACUAUAACUACUACCACUACUACUACGAUAACUACUAUUACUACUACUACUACUACUACUACUACUAUAACUAAUACGACUACUAUUAACACUUCCACUACUAAUACUACUUCUACUACUACUACUAAUACUACUAAUUCUACUAAUAUAACUACUUCUACUACCACUACUACCACUACUACUACUACUGCUACUACUACUACUACUAUAACUACUACUAUUAUAACUACUACUACCACUACUGAUACUACUACUACAACUACAACUGCUGUUAAUUCUACUACUACUAAAACUACUGCUAAUACUACUACUACUACCACUACUUCUACUAAUAAUACUGCUACUAAUAUUAUAUCUACUACUACUACUAUAACUACUACUAAUACUGCUAAUACUACUACUACCAAUACUACCACCACCACUACUACUACUGCUAGUACUACUACCAUUAUUACCACUAAUACUGCUACUAUUACUACAACCACUACUAUUACUAAUACUAUUAAUACAACUACUACUACGAUUAAUACUACUACUAAUAAUAAUACUAUAACUACUACUACUACUACGACUACUACUACCACUGCUACUACUACUAAUAUUACUACUACUACUUCUACUAAUACUACUACUACUAAACUACUACUACUACCGCUAUUAUAA